ACAUACGCCGUGCGGAGCAUUCACUGCACAUGUAUAGAACACAGGAAAGAAGCCUGAAAAAGUUUCUUGGAAAUUUUCUGACACCUUGUUUGUUUGUUUCCGGAACGAAUUUAUCUAUCGGAAUAGAGGAGUAUUUGAUAACUUGGGCAAAGUUACGCGUUCCCGACGAAAUCAACCCGAACUGUGCCGUGCAGUGAGCUGUGUGGCAAGGAUAUCGAUCUUCUCCCGAACGGACCCCCAUCGUCCGUAGGCUUCGAUAACGCCAUGGACUUUCUACGUAACUACGAGGCCGCGGACCAGGAUGAAUCGGAGGAUAUGGACUCGAAUCGGGAACAUACCGCUUCACCGACCGGUUCGUCGAACUCGUCCGCAUCGGCGGGAUCACCCAAACGAAGCACCGCCGACAAACAGCCGUCAGCCCGCGACCAAAAGGAUAAGAAACAGGAUGCAAAGGAAAGCAAGGGCCAGCAUAAAUCACGCAAGAACUCAUCAUCGUCAUCCUCGUCGUCGCGAACCUCGUCACGUUCUAACUCAACGGAUGGUUCCCGCUGCUCGAAGUCUCCGUCCCGCAGCCCUUCGCCGGCAUCGCGAUCGAAACGGGCCAAAAAUGGUGCUGAUGAGCAUAAAUCGUCAGAGAAAGCAUCAUCCGGGAAAAAGGAUAGCAAGAACAGACAAUCGAAAUCGCCUUCGGGCGAUCAGCGCCGUUCAGCUGGUAACGGUAGUAACAAUAAGAGUCCAAUGAAAGCAGACCGGAAGGAUAAAAGAAAAUCUUCCCCACCGAGGCACGAUGCCAGCAAGCACGACCGAAGCCAGUCCCGUGAGCGUGAGCGUAAAAAUCGUGACAAGGAUCGUGAGCGCGAGCGUGAUCGCACACGAGAACGGGAGCGUGAACAGCGCAAUCGUGACCGAGAUCGGGAGCGAGAGCGCCAAAAGGAUCGCCCGAAGGAUCGUAACCGCGAUCGUGAACGUGAGCGCGAGCGGGAACGGGAUAGAGACCGGGAACGUAGCCGUUAUGAUCGUGAUCGUGGCUCGGCUCGGGACUCUCGCAGCGAUUACCACCGAGAUCAACGACGUGGGGGAGGGAAUUGGAGCAAAUCCAAUGAGCGUGAUAAUAAUCGACGCGACUCUCGUGGAUACGAUCGAAAAGAUGAUCGUAAGGAUAGGAGAAGCGGUCGAGACUACGACAAGGAUCACCGUAGAAGUCGACGCUCAGAAUCACGCGAAUCACGCCACCGACGACGUCACUCACCAAACGAGCGAGUACCAUCAUCGAGAGCGCGCGAUUCACGUUCCCGCUCCCGGUCUCGGUCAAGAUCUGGCGCCAAGUCUUCGCCGCCUCGCACCAGUCAGCAACAAACACCAUCGACAAACGCUUCCUACGCCGGCGCUGGUUUGCUACCAACUCCGAGCAGAUUUACGCAAAGCCCGACGACGAAACCCGUAUCGCUGUUGCCCACACCGCCCGUCGCACAGUCGCUGCUGGGAGCGGCUCCUAGCCUUGUCCCGACUGCAGGCAUACCUUCCCUAAUGAGCAUCCCAACGAAACCACCGAUCAGCUCGCUGAUUCCUCCAGCCGUUGCCGCCAAACUGACCCUUUCGAACGAAUCGAAGCUCGGACAGCUUGCUCUGCCGCUGGCAACACCACCCGCUCAACAAGAUCCGGCCGUCACGAGUGUGCUACUGUCCCGGAGUGCGCUGCUGCGCAACACCGCAAAGGCGGCACAGCUCGAGAAGAUGGGGAUCGAUGUGUUGCAGCAGAGCCAGAAGGCAGUGGACAGUGUACCGCUCCCGUCCUACUACAACCCGGGCGUGGUGAAUCCGGUCCGGUAUGCGGAUCAAGUGCAGAAGCGCAAAUUGCUCUGGAGCCACAAGACAACCGAAAGCAAGGAGGUGUCUUCGAACAUAAGCAAAUGGGAGCAGGCAAAGUUUGCACAGGACACGGACGGUCGGGUUGCGUCGAAAUUCCUGCGCCUAAUGGGAGUGAAGGAUGCAGCGCCCAAGCCGGGCGAGGAAGGGGAAUCGCCCGUUCCGGCAGGAGGAACCUCUUCGACAUCCCUCUCCGCAAAGGUAGGCUCCAGCUCAGGGGCGACGGGAGCGAGCGGCCCUUCAAAUGGCGGCAAAUCGACGGGAGACAGUAUUAAGAAGCAGGAAGAACUGUUCUCGACGAUGGAGCAGCAGUACGAAGUUGCCCGACAGGUGACACACACGAUGCGUGGCGUUGGUCUCGGGUUUGGCUCUCAGGCCCGCCAGUUCUAAUUGCAUAAGGCAUUACCAUAUGGCCAUAGUUUGUUUUGUCCUUUUCUUUUGCGCCGUAGAACUUUCGCUGUAUAGUGUAGGAGAACCUUUGUUUUCGUGUCGCACGUGCGCAUUCACGUGCUACAACAGCAUCAAGAUGAAUAAACAAACUCAUUGUAAAACUA